AAAAAGAAAAAAAAAACAGGGCGCCCUCGCGGCAAGGAACUCCGACCUCCUAUCUCCCCCCGUCUCUCCUUUCUCUCUCUAGCCCCGCACAAAUCUCUCCUCCCCCCUUCUCGCCCUCGCCGCAUUGCCCGCCGACGACCCCCCGCCGGAUAGAGAGGAGGAGGAGCGGCGCGGCUGCGGGAGAAGCGGGCGGCAUGUGCGACCUGGUGGCCCGCACGGGCCGGCAUCAGCAGCGGUACGAGGAUGGCCGUCGGCUAGUGGCCGGAUGCAUACCAUUUAGGUAUAGAACUAAUAAUGAUGAAACCUCUGAUGAUGAACAUAAGAAACUUGUGGAAGUUCUCAUGAUAAAUUCCCAAAGUGGACCUGGUCUUUUGUUUCCAAAGGGAGGAUGGGAGAACGAUGAAACUGUUGAAGAGGCAGCAGCUCGAGAAGCUAUAGAAGAGGCUGGAGUUCGAGGUGAUAUAGUGCAUCUUCUGGAGUUUUAUGACUUUAAAAGCAAGACACAUCAAGAUGCGUGCUGUCCUGAGGGUAUGUGCAGAGCUGCCGUGUUUGCACUGCAUGUGAAGGAAGAGCUGACCUCAUGGCCUGAGCAGAGCACCCGGCAGAGAACCUGGCUCACGGUUCCUGAAGCUGCAUCACAGUGCCGGUACCAGUGGAUGCAAGAGGCCCUGCUCACAGGCUUCUCUGAUUGGCACGACAAGUGGAGCAGAGGUGGCGGUGGUACUAACUGUGACCCAGCCUAACCGCUGAGUCCAUCAGGAGAACUCCAAUUUCAUCUUCUCUUUCCCUAGGCGCCAACUUUACAGAAUGCAAUAAUACAGUGUACUUCUCUUGUGUCUGGGUAGGCCAUUGACCCUUGAUGUCACAUGUCAGGAUGGUUAUCUAGUUUAGUGGGAUGUGGUAUAUCUCAUCAAGACGAGAAUUCUCACAACUUUUAAGUGUCGAUUCUCGCGCUUAUUAUUUCUCGGUUUCAGCUGCUGUUGUUGCGGUGCUGCAAGGACGCGCCGUGCACAUUUUGUAACUCGCUCCUGAUUCUGGAGAUGCGUAUGCUAUGUAUUCCUAACUGCUAUAAAGCCUGUAACUGAAAUCAAAUGGUCACCAUUGAUUGGAGUCACCA